UUUUUCUUUUUUUUUUUACCUUUUCUUUUUUUUUUUUUCUCUCUCUCUCAGCAUUUAUAAGACAUUUCCGAAAUGAAGUUAUCCAUCAUGGGCAUCAGUUUAUUCCUGCUAUUCUUACUGUCAAUACAACAGCCCUGUCAAGCGACAAUCACAAUACUUGUAAAAAGCUCUCUCUUCUUUUUAUUUUAUAUUUAUAUGUGUAUAAGUGGGGGGAGUUGCUAACACCUUGAUUAGGAAACCAAUGAUACGCUGGUUGAUCGUAUAGCAGCAUUUGGGCCUAGGAUCGAUGGAGAGUUGGGUCUCCUUGGUAAUAUGUUGGCACCAACGGAUGGUGAUCUUUAUGGUUGUAAUGUGAUUCCCACACCUUCUAUUAAAGAUUGGAUCGCACUUGUUGAAAGAGGACAAUGCUCUUUUUUGCAAAAGGUCAAGUCAAUGCAAGAUAGUGGAGCUAUUGCGGUGAUUGUAGGUGAUAGACAUUUUAAUGGCUGGGUUACAAUGUAUGCACCAGGUGAUACUUCCCAAAUUCAUGUACCCAGUGUUUUCGUAGCACAACAUCAAUAUAAAGCACUUUUACAAUUAUUUGAAAAUAAUCGUACUGCAGCUGUACAAGUUACAUUAUCAGGAGAUGAUUUAUUGACAUGGCCUCUUUUAGAUAUGCUGUUAGUGGUUGUAUUAUCACCUGCUGUGAUGAUGCUAUUUAUCUACCUGACAUGGCAAUUAAGACAACGCCAACGUCGAAAGAAUGACAUUGCGCCCACGAAUUUUGUGGCCAAAUUACCCACCUAUGUAUUUCGACGUGAAAAGAUUGUGGAUACAGAGCAUACUGAAUGUGCCAUUUGUCUUGAAGAUUACAAGGAAGGUGAGUCAAUAAGGACUUUACCUUGUAAGCAUGAAUUUCAUAAGGGAUGCAUUGAUAUUUGGCUUACCACACGCAAGAAGUUUUGCCCCAUUUGUAAAUUUGAUAUUUGUCACAAAACUGAAUCAUCUAAAUCAAAUAUACCCCCAAGUGAACGCACUCCACUUUUAAAUGCAUAAAUUGUAAAUACAUCACACUUCUUUUUUUUUUAUUAUUAUUAUUUCUAUCGCACUCUCUCUCUUUUUAUAUCAUUUAUACAUAAAACUUUUUUUUCCCCCCCUUU